AUGGGUAUCUGGUUGCCUAGGAUUGUUCCUGUUACGCAGAUAAUCUUCCGAGCACGUGUAACUUCAGAGCCAGCUGGUGUACCCAAAGGCCACUUUGCUGUUUACGUUGGAGAGAUUCAAAAGAAACGAUUUGUGGUUCCAAUAUCAUACUUGGAUCAUCCUACAUUUCAAAUUUUGCUAAGUCAGGCUGAAGAAGAGUUUGGGUAUGAUCAUCCAAUGGGUGGUCUCACAAUCCCAUGCAGAGAAGAAGCCUUCAUUGAUCGCAUGUGUGGUUUGAAUGCCUCGUAA